AAACUUUCCCAGAGUUCCUCCGAGCUCCCGCGGACCCGAGGAGGGGUCGCGGCCGGGCGGAGGGGCCGGCGGAGGUUGGGCGGGGGAGGGGCGGGGGGUGGGGACGCGCGGGGCCCCUCCCCCUCCCUGGGAGCCGGCGGCUGCCUGGAGACUUGACCCUCGGGUGCCGCCCGGCGCCGGCUCCCCUCCUCCUCGUCCUCCCCGCGGCGGGCGUCUGUCGGGGCCGGGCGGAUCGUGCCGCCGCGCGGAGCGGACGCGGCCCGGGGCAGGCCGGGCGGCAGCACCCCUCCCCCCUGGUGUGGCGCCCGCAGACGCAGCCCGGGCCGGCGGCCGCCUGCGGACGAGCCUGGGGCGCGUGAGCACGGCCCGGCCCGGCCCGCGAGGCGAGUGGUCCGCCGGAGGGCCGCCCCCGCACGGGGCCGCGGGGGUCGGGGCGUCCCGGGGGCCGCGGGGGGCAGGGCUGGCGGCCCGCACGCCCCCGCCCCCCCACCCGCGCCCAUGGCUGCGCGCGGGGCCCCGCGGCGGCUGCACCGGCUGGCGCAGGAGGGCCGGCUGUGCGCCCUGCGGGAGGAGCUGCGGGGAGCCGGGCGCGCGGGCUGCGCGGGGCCGGCCGGGGACACCCUGCUGCACUGCGCCGCCCGCCACGGGCACCGGGACGUGCUGGCCUAUCUGGUCGAGACCUGGGACAUGGACGUCGAGGCCGCCGACCGAGACUACAAGCGGCCGCUGCACGAGGCCGCCGCGCAGGGCCACCGGGACUGCGUGCUCUACCUGCUGGGCAGAGGAGCCGCGGUGGACUGCCUCAAGAAAGCCGACUGGACUCCUUUGAUGAUGGCCUGCACAAGGAAGAAUCUGGAGGUGAUCCAGGACCUCGUGGAACAUGGCGCCAACCCACUGCUGAAGAACAAAGAUGGCUGGAACAGUCUCCACAUUGCCAGCCGAGAGGGCGACCCUCUGAUCCUCCAGUACCUGCUCUCCGUGUGCCCCACCGCUUGGGAGACGGAGAGCAAAAUCGGGAGAACGCCUCUGCACACAGCAGCGAUGCAUGGCUGUUUAGACGCGGUGAAGGUGCUUCUCCAGAGGUGCGCGUACGAAGCCGACCGUGCGGACAGGUGCGGGUGCACACCCUUCAUGGACGCGAUUCAGUGCGGCCACACGGCCGUGGCCAGGCUGCUGCUCGAACAGCACAAGGCUUGCUGGGCCACGCGGGAUGCCCUGGGGAUGCAGGCCAUCCACAGGGCAGCCGUCACCGGGCAGAACGAGGCCCUCCGCUUCCUGGUGUCCGAGCUGGGCGCCGAUGUGGACGCCAGGGCCGUACCCAGCCGCCUGACGCCGCUGCAUUUCGCCGCUAAGGAAGGACACGUGAGCACAGUCCAGCAGCUCCUGUCCUUGGGUGCUGACAUCAAUUCCAGAGACGAAAGGAAGCGAUCAGCCCUGCACCUGGCCUGCGCCGGCCAGCACGCAGCCUGUGUCAGGCUCCUGCUGCAGUCCGGGCUGAGCGACUGUCCGGACGCCUCGGGUGCCCUGGCUCGGCAGCUGGCUCGCCGCGCGGACGUCCUCCAGUGCUUCGAGCGCUGCCCUGAGACCUGACAGUGCUUCUGAGCGAGGACGACAGGCGUGGUGACCACGUCCUGCUGCUGCGGUCGUCAGGAUCCCCAGCCAGCGGGCCGUGAGGACGCCGGCUCCCGAGCCCGUGACCCGCACGCAGAGACUUUUCGUGACCCGGAUUCGGCUUUUUCUGCCCUUUGAGGGGAGGUAGGGGAUGUUCUUGGAGUCGGUGUCUGGAGCCCUCAGGGAAGCAGGUGGCCCGUGUGACUGUAACACAGUAUGAGUUCACGUAACUAUGUCACGUGUUUUGUGGGUAAUGUCGUGGGGGGAGGCCAGGGCGAGGAUGUUGACGGUGCGGGGGCCGGAAGCACAGCUGGCCGCUGCUUCCUUCCCGCCUCGCUUCUUGGUUCAUUACGGUGGUUUCGCUCUGGUUUGUAGCCUGAAAGGGACGCCUGCCCAGACAUACGCAAGGAAAUAAUGGAAAUAUUUGUACUUUCUAAGCGCUGCUGGUUAAGCUAUGUUUAUUGUUUUGUGUUUUUAAAGAUUUUAUUUAUUUGACAGAGGUCACAAGGAGGCAGAGGCAGUCAGAGAGGAGGAAGCAGGCUCCCUGCUGAGCAGAGAGUCCAAAUGGGGCUCGAUCCCAGGACCCUGAGAUCAUGACCAGAGCCCAAGGCAGAGGCAGAGCCCAUGGAGCUACCCAGGCGCCCCGAGCUAUGUUUUAAUCUCGAGGUUACUUUUAUUUAGUGGUUCUGCGUGGGCUGUCUUCAGAUAACAAACACACCUAAGAGACGCAGGUGCGAGAGUCCCACUGGAAGAAUGGCCUUUGUUCUGCAAGCGACUGGCCGCACUUCCUAUCCGGAGCCCCUGCCCCCUGCAGCCUGGGGGCAUUGAGGACACUUGACUCUGUAACCAAAAGUUCUGGAGCAGUUUAAACAGAUCGAAGGGAGGCUGCAUGCUCAGACCUUCGGAUUCUUUUCCUUUUUCCUUUUGGGGGAAAGUGAUAAAAAUCAUCUUCUCUGGGUCACAAAGAAUAGUUAAUCCAGGUUGGUCUUUGGAAAUGACAUGUGUCGGGCACAGGCCAGACUCGAUCCUCUCUGCUGGUCGCGAGCUGGUCAGGACUGACUGCACGCUGGCCCGGCCUGAUCGUCGUGCUGGCGGGGGAAGGAGUGAGACUUUCCAGUUCUCUGUCAUCGCAGACAGCACAGGCUGCUUGCACAUGAACCCGACUGGCCACCACGUCGAUGUCCCUGCAGUUCACUGUCUCUCUGUGACUCCCAGGUUCAAGCCCUCCGGCCAUCAUGCAGACCGUGGCGGUGUCGGCCUGCUGACGGUGCCCCCUACCCCCUGGGCCCACCCUCCUCGACCCCAUCCCCCACACGACGGUCCCAGAGCUCUCACCAAGGUGAUCUGGGCAGCUGACCACUGACGUGUUUUCCCACCCAUCUCCUCAAGGGCUGUUGACUGGUCCUGCACGCCCCCCGACCCAGCGUGAGGGUUUGUUCCUAAGACCAAUAGGGGCAGAAGCCUCUGGAAGGAGAUAGAAAUCAGUAAAAAUUGUAAUCCCUUGAAAAUA